AUGGUAAAAGAAACCACUUACUAUGAUGUUUUGGGGGUCAAACCCAAUGCCACCCAAGAGGAAUUGAAAAAGGCCUACAGGAAACUGGCCUUGAAGUAUCACCUUGAUAAGAAUCCAAAUGAAGGAGACAAGUUUAAACAGAUUUCUCAAGCUUACGAAGUACUCUCUGAUGCAAAGAAAAGGGAAUUAUAUGACAAAGGAGGAGAACAGGCAAUUAAAGAAGGUGGAGCUGGUGGUGGUUUUGGCUCCCCCAUGGACAUCUUUGAUAUGUUUUUUGGAGGAGGAGGAAGGAUGCAGAGAGAAAGGAGAGGUCAAAUUGUCAAGCAUGGAGAUAUCAAGUGUGUGCUAAAUGAAGGCAUGCCAAUUUAUUGUAGACCAUAUGAGAAGGGUCGCCUAAUCAUUGAAUUUAAGGUAAACUUUGCUGAGAAUGGCUUUCUCUCUCCUGAUAAACUCUCUUUGCUGGAAAAACUCCUACCUGAGAGGAAGGAAGUAGAAGAGACUGAUGAAAUGGACCAGGUAGAACUGGUGGACUUUGAUCCAAAUCAGGAAAGAUGGCGCCAUUACAAUGGGGAAGCCUAUGAGGAUGAUGAACAUCAUUCCAGGGGUGGUGUUCAGUGUCAGACCUCUUAAUGGGGCCAGUGAAUAACACUGCUGGCAUUUUAUAUGCAGUAGUGAAUGAGUGAAGGACUGUAAUCAUAGCUCACUACUUGCUAUUGUUUUUGUUUUAAUAUUCAACUAUAGUAGUGUUUUAAAAG